AUGGAAAACUUGACGCUGAACAGCUUCACCCUGCAGCUGGAGGGGAUAAAGGUGGCCGAGGUGUCCACGUAUCCCGUCUUUGUCUUCUUCCUGUCCUCCUACCUGCUCAUCAUGGUCGCCAACAUCGGCAUCGUGGUUCUGGUUUUCCUGGACAAGAACCUCCACCAGCCGAUGUACCUGCUGUUCUGCAACCUGCCCGUUAAUGACAUUGUGGGAAACUCCAUCAUGGUUCCCCGGCUGCUCUCCGACAUCCUGCUGCCUCCGUCCAGACGCCUCAUCAGCUACUACGAGUGCGUGGUCCAGGCGUUCACCACCCACAUGUUCGGCACCACCUCCCACACCAUCCUCAUGAUCAUGGCGUUCGACAGGUACGUGGCCAUCUGCAACCCGCUGCGCUACGCCUCCAUCAUGACCAACAGGAUGGUGCUGAAGCUGACGGUGUCGGCCUGGGGAGUGGCCUUCGUCCUGGUGGCGGUUCUGCUCGGUCUGACCAUCCGGCUGAACCGCUGCAGGACUCUGAUCACGAACCCGUUCUGCGACAACGCCUCGCUGUUCAAGCUGUCCUGUGAGAGCGUGUUCAUCAACAACGUGUACGGGCUGACGUUCACCGUGGUUCUGUUCACCGCCUCCAUCGGCACCAUGGUUCUGACCUACACCAGGAUCACCGUGGUCUGUCUGAUCAGCAGGAACAAGUCUCUGAACAGCAAGGCCCUGAAGACCUGCAGCACUCACCUGGUGGUGUAUCUGAUCAUGAUGUUCAACGGGAUGUCCAUCAUCACGCUGCACCGCUUCCCCCAGUACUCAGAUUACAGGAAGCUGUCGGCCAUCUUGUUCCACAUCAUCCCCGGCAGCCUGAACCCCAUCAUCUACGGCGUUCAGUCCAAAGAGGUCCGAAAGUUCCUGUCCAGGCUGGUGCCGUCCAGGAAGGUUUUGUCCUCGUUAUAA